AUGUGGGAAGAAGAGAGUGUCAAUCCAACAAACAUCAUUCACGGUAGUUUUACAGAUCCCACUUCUCUCUUCGUGACAUCGAAUGGUGAUAUUUAUGUUGAUGAUGGCGAGGAGAAUGGUCAAGUACAGAAAUGGAAUGCAGAAACAAAUACUUUUGUUACAGUGAUGAAUGUCGACUCAUCAUGUUUUGGUUUGUUUGUCGAUAUUAAUGAUACUCUUUAUUGUUCAAUGCGUAGUCAUCAUCAAGUAGUGAAAAAAUCAUUAAAUGAACCUGUGAUGACUCCAAAUUGUAUCGCUGCUGGAACAGGUAUUUUCGGAUCAGCUUCAAAUCAACUCGGAGGUCCCUGCGGAAUUUUUGUCGACGUGAAUUUAGAUUUAUAUGUGGCAGAUUCUCACAAUAACCGUGUUCAGUUAUUUCAGCCAGGAGAAUCAAGCAGCAUCACAGUGGCUGGAAGUGGAUCUUUAAAUCCAACAAUUACACUUAGUCGUCCAACUGGAAUUGUAUUAGAUGCUGGGAAAUAUAUAUUCAUUGUGGAUUAUGGCCAUGAUCGCAUUGUUGGUUCAGAUAGGACUGGUUUUCGAUGUUUGGUUGGAUGUUAUGGGAUGGGUUCAAAAUCCAAUCAAUUAGAUCAUCCAUCUAGUUUUAGUUUCGAUCAUUCUGGAAACAUAUUUGUUACUGAUUAUUGGAAUCAUCGAAUUCAAAAAUUUUUCCUGAUGAAAGAUUCUUUUGCACUUUCAUUCAAUCAACCGAAGUUUUGUUCAACAGCCUCUUGGAAAUCCAAUGGAAUUACCAUUGCUAAUCGAUCGAUUGUUGGCAAAAAUCUUACCAUCAUUUUUGUGAACACAAACAAUACAAUUUAUGUCGCUAAUCAAGAAAAUAGCACAAUUUUUAUAUGGUAUGAAGGGAGUGUCGAUCCAAUAAAGAUCAUUCAUGGUAAUUUUACAGAACCCACGUCUCUCUUUGUAACAUCAAAUGACGAUAUUUAUAUUGAUGAUGGUGAUAAGAAUGAUCGAGUGCAGAAAUGGAGUGCAGAAACAAAUACCUUUGUCACGAUGAUGAAUGUCAAUUCGCGAUGCGGAGGUUUGUUUGUCGAUAUCAAUAAUACUCUUUACUGUUCAAUGCCUGAUGAUCAUCAAGUAGUGAAAAGAUCAUUGAAUGAGUCUGUGAUGAAUUCAAAUCAUGUUGCUGCUGGGGAAGUUAUGAAAGGAUCAGCCUCGAAUCAACUCAAUGGUCCUCGUGGAAUUUUUGUUGAUGUGAAUUUGGAUUUAUAUGUGGCAGAUUCUUACAAUCAUCGAGUUCAGUUAUUCCAGCCAGGAAUAUCAGAUGGUAUCACAGUGGCUGGAAGUAAAUCACUGUAUAAAACAAUUGAACUUGACUAUCCCACUGAAAUUAUAUUAGAUGCUGAGAAAUAUCUAUUCAUUGCAGAUCAAAAUAAUCAUCGCAUUGUUGGUUCAGACGUGAAUGGUUUUCGAUGUUUAGUUGGAUGUUAUGAAGUGGGUUCUCAAUCCAAUCAAUUGAAUUUUCCAUCUGGUUUUAGUUUCGAUCGUUAUGGAAACAUAUUUGUUGCUGAUCAAUCAAAUCAUCGAAUUCAAAAAUUUCAAUAUUACGAAGAAUCAUGUGGUAGGUUUAGAAUGAUCGAAUAA